CAGGCACUCACUCAGGCCUGAAUGAGGGGCAAUUCGAAUCCUUGCAACCUGAAAACUUUCGGGGUACCCCUGCACUGCACGGAUUCGAGACAAAAAAUUUGGGGCUCGGUUCCGAUAGCAGCAAUUCUGCUGCGAUAACAAACAGCAAGAAAAAGCACGAGACAAGUUUACAACGAUGGGUUCCGGAAGAGGCUCAUCUGGGGGCUCAUUGUCCCUCAAGACCUCCAACAAGCUGAAACGGCAACAGCUUUACGUACAGCAAAAAAAGACGACCGGCAAAGCCCGCCACGAGGAGCGACACCGAAGGCGCAGGGAAGAGGCCAAGGACCCGGAGCUGAGGAGGCAGCGGCUCGAGCAGAACCAGCCUACGAGCAUCGACAAGAAGAGGAUAUGGGAUGAUGUCGACGAUGAUACUCUAGGCGCUGUUGUGGAUGUCGCCCAAUUGAAGCGGCGGCGCUUGGAAGAGGCCGAGGCCGCAGCAGCAGCAGAGGCAGACGGUCCGAUAGAUGGUAAUGUGGAAAAGGACGACGAUGUCGACAGUAUGCUUGGGUCCGACGAGGAAGCGGAAGGGGACGACGACGACGAAGAGCGCCUGGAGAAGCAACGCCAGCGGGCACAGAGACAACCCAGCGUAGCUCCAUCGACCGUAUCCACGAACCUCGACCUCACCCCAGAUGCUCUAGCCGCCCAAUUCAAGUAUCUAUUUAGCGACGAGCCUCCGGCGAUGCCCAAAAUUCUGGUCACAACUGGACUCAAUGGGACAAUCCAUAAGGAGGCACAGGAUAUUGCCGCCGUUCUUCCCAAUGCCACCUACAUUCCCCGGAGUGCCCAUCGUUAUGGUCACAAGUACAGCGUAAGGGAGAUUGCAAAGUUUGCCAAGAACCGCGGAUACACGGCGUUCUUGGUAGUGCAUGAGGACCUUAAACGGCCAAGCCAGCUGAGCGUGUGCCAUUUAAAUGGCGAGGAUGCGCCGCCCGGGCCUACCCUUACUUAUACCAUCCGCAACUACCAGCCAGGGAAAGCGAUUCUCGGACACGGAAAUCCCACCAACCACUAUCCCGAGCUCCUUCUCAACGGCUUCAAGACUCCGCUGGGUCUACUAGCGGCCAAGUCGAUGAACACCCUGUUCCCGCCGAAACCCGAGUUGGCAGGUCGUCAGGUCUUGACACUACACAAUCAACGCGAUUACAUUUUUUUCCGCCGGCAUCGGUAUAUCUUCCGUGAAGCGCGGACGACGGAGAAGAAUGUCCAGGGCGCGGACGGCAAGGAGAUGGACGGUGUCAAGGGGAUCCGCGCCGGGUUACAGGAGAUUGGGCCACGAAUGACCCUGAAACUCCGCAGAGUGGACAAGGGCAUCGGCAGGGCAGGCAGUGAGGGCGACGAUGCCCUGAAGUGGGAGUGGAAGGCGAAGAUGGAGAAGAAGCGGACGCGCUUCAACCUGUAGAGAGAGGGAAGGUGUGAUACCCAAAGAUGUAUGUUCAUGUUCGAUCUGAGUAGUAUGCAAACAAACCACAGCAAAGUCACAUAGCCAAGCU